AUGGGCCGUCAUCUAACUAGACUCUGUUUAGUCGGCAGCAAUGCUAUCUCGGCCUUCCUCUCGUGGAGACUUCAGGCGACGACCUCCUGCGACGUGACACUAGUGUGGAAAUCGGGCUAUGAGGCAGUAUCUCAAUAUGGAGUAUCCUUCAAGUCGAAAGCUUUCGGCAAUGAGCGCUUUAAGCCUCGCCAUGUUGUCCGCACACCCGAAGAUGCCGCAUCUCGCGAGAAUGCAUUUGACUACGUCAUUUUGUGCGUCAAGGCACUGCCCGAUGUCUACGACCUGGCUUCCGUCAUCGAGUCCGUCGUCACCCCUCAACAUACGUGUAUUCUCGUGAACACAACGAACACAUUGGGGGUAGAAUCGCACCUGGAGCAGCGGUUUCCUACAAACGUCGUCCUUUCGCUUGUGUCAGGGGUGGAGAUCUCUCAGAUUGGUGCCAGCGAGUUCGAGCAUCUAAACUCAUCGGAGAUCUGGGUUGGUGCUACAAACAAGCAAACCAGCAUCCCGUCCACGAUUCAAAACGAUAUGGCCGCUGCGCUCGCGAUGACCCUGGCUUCUGGCCAAGUCGACUGCAAAGUAUCAGAUAACAUCAGACAGGAGCAAUUCGAUCACAUCAUUGAGGAGCUCCUCGAGCUUGCGCGGGCGAACGGGUGUUCUUUCCCGAAUGACUUUGCUAAGAAGACGAUUGAAACGAUGACCGCCAAUGGUGCACCAAGUACAAUGUAUCAGGACUUCCAAGCCCGUCGUCCAAUGGAAAUAGAAACAUAUCUCGGAUCUCCAGUAAAAUUGGCGACUGAAUCAGGUGUCCGUAUCCCUCGGAUCGAGACUCUCUACGCAGUGCUUCAUCAUGUCAAUGCCACGAAUCUGAGUAAGCCCCGGACUAACGAAUCCCCUCCACCUGUCCUGGCUCAACCGCCACCUCGGAUGUCUUCGGCACCACCGAGAGGGCCGAUGAAUGGUCCUAUGCGUGGAGGCAGGGCUCCUUCUGGGAUGAUGCCUAGACGUGGGCCGCCUCACCCGGGAAUGUCGAGACCCCCGAGCGCACAGCCGCAGGCAGCCAGGAUGCCCCCUCGUGAUCCUUCUUUGGAGGGUCUCGAGGAGUUCAGCCACCUCGUCAUGUACGAUGAUGCUGCUCCAGCCGCCGCAGCUGCUGCAGAGAAUGGCGUACCACCUCAGAACGGCACGAACGGCCAUCCAGAUAUGCCGCCCGGGCCUCCAUCAUCCGCAGCUGACUUGGCUUUAAGGGAACGAGAAUUGGCGAUCCGACAGCGUGAAUUGCAGAUCAGAGAACAGGAGAUGGGUAUGCGUCGAGGCCCUCGGCGACCACCUCCACCCCCGAGGUCAACAUUUGAUGAAGAGGACGAGGAUGACUAUUUCGAUCCAAUGGACACUCUGCCGAUUCCAUCGAUCGACCCAGACCAAGUGGACAUGUUGAGCAUCACAUCGAGACGGACGAAGAAGUCGGGCCCCAGUGCCAGUCAGCUCCGUAAGAAUCCGGAAAUCAUGUUAAAUAAUGGCGGCGGCGGCGGCGGUAGCAGGCCUGGGUCGUCCUUUAGCCGAUACUUCGGGGGAAGGAAACGUACCAGCGAUCGGAUCAUGCAGGAAAUCCCUGGCCUCCACGAUUCUCUCAUGGACAAUCCUAUGAUGGCGUACGCAUCGAAUCGAUAUGGAGCGGUUGACAGAAACCACAUUCAGGCAGGGUCGCGUGCUAAUUCGCUGACGGCCAGCCGAAUGGGUGACUAUCCACCACAUCCUUACCCAACCAGUAGGAGGAACAGCCAGUCUCCGGCGACUCCCCCCUACGGUCCGCCUGGCCCUCGAAUGGGCCGACCAGGCACGUCCCAAGAUCCAAGCCUCGGCCCGCCGAACGGCCCUCGUGGCGGCCAACCUUCGCCGCCCGGACAAAUGCGGGCGCCAGUUCCCAGACAUCCGCCUGGACAAGGUAAUGCGGUAGGUCCGCAGCAAAUUGAGCAACAAUAUGGGGUGAGCAACUCGUCUUUAGCCAAGGGCACUCCCAAGCAUAGAAGUCUGACCGGAAGUGCGAGCGCCAGCGCGGAGAGUGGUGAUAGUGGGGCCAGUGCGAAUCUUGAUUCGGAAACCUCAGCCCAUAGCAGCCAAAUCAGCUUGAAUGCUCAGCAAGCUGCGACGCCCGUUCGUUGA